GCACCUUUUCAAACAUCAGCCAAUCAGCGCUGCUUCUUCUGUUCAGCGACCAAUCAGAAUAACCGGCAACCAAAACCAAAACAAACAAACACAUGUGUUGAGCAGGAGGAUCACAACGACCGUCGUUAAUUUUAAACUUUGUGAAUUUCGGGACUGACUGACGGAGGCAACAUGCGGACUACGACCGUGGAGCAGCUGCAAAACUUGCAGCAGAAGCCGCGAUGUGUCCGAAACGUGUGCGUUUUGGCUCACGUCGACCACGGCAAGACGAGCCUCGUCGACUCGUUGGUCGCCAGCAAUGGAAUCAUCUCGACUGCGAUGGCCGGUAAACUCAGGUACAUGGACAGUCGACCGGACGAGCAGCAACGAGGAAUCACCAUGAAGAGCAGUGCCAUUGCUUUGAAAUACAAUUUUGGUAUGAAAACGAUUAAGAAAAUACACAUUUACCUUAAUCAAUGCAAAAAUUAUUACUCAGGUGGUGAGGAUGUUUUGAUCAACGUGAUUGACUCUCCGGGACAUGUGGACUUUUCCAGUGAAGUGUCCACAGCUGUCCGACUCUGUGACGGUGCCAUCGUAGUAGUCGAUGUUGUCGAAGGCGUUUGCCCUCAAACCAAAGUUUGUAUCCAGCAGGCGUGGACCGAAAACCUUAAGCCUGUCCUGGUUCUAAACAAAGUUGACAGACUUGUUUCCGAGAUGAAGCUUCAACCGCUGGACGCUUAUGUCCACUUGACUCAAGUUCUCGAGCAAAUUAAUGCUGUCAUGGGUGAGCUUUUUGCUUCAGAAGCGAUCUCUAACACCACGGACACUUGGACGUCUGGCUUGGACGAGGCAGAUGAUUCUCAACUGUAUUUUAGUCCAGAGCAGGGAAAUGUUGUGUUUGCCAGUGCUGUUGAUGGAUGGGCUUUCGACGUUGCCCAUUUUGCUGGCCUCUUCUCAGCAAAGCUGAAUCUAGAUAAAGAUGAACUAGCAAAAUGUCUCUGGGGAGAUUUUUAUCUCAAAGGAGGAAAAAUUGCUACCGGUGCUCAAGAAAAAGCAAAGAAGCCGUUGUUUGUACAGCUGGUUUUAGAAAAUCUGUGGGCUGUGUAUGAAUCCAGAGAUAAAGAGAAGAUCAAAACUAUGGCUGAAAAGCUUGGUGUCAAAAUGAGUGCCAGAGACGCAAGACAUCCAGAUCCGAAAGUGCAAAUAAGAGCCCUGUUAGCUCAGUGGAUGCCUCUUGCUUCGGCUGUUUUAGAAAUGAUUUGUAAACAAGUUCCGUCUCCUGCGGAAUUAAGUGAUGCUCGAGCCGUUGGGCUAAUGAGCUCUCAACACCACACCUUCGAGUGCUUACCUGAAGAAAGCAAAUCCCUGAAAAAGGAUUUUCUGGAUUGCAAGUCAACAGACGAGGCUCCUGUUAUUUUGUAUAUUUCAAAAAUGAUUCCAGUUGAUAAGAGUACAUUGCCUGAAAAUAAGCCCAAGCCUCUCACAGCCGAGGAAAUUGCUCGGAGGAAACUGCUAGCAAGAGAAAAACAUGCUCAAAUGAUGGCCCAGGCAGAGGCUGGCAUGCACUGCACUUCAUUGGACGAAAGACCACCAGAUCCCAAAAAGGAAGAGGAACAGAUGGAAGAGAUGCCUGGAGAUGAUCUGGUUUUUGUUGCUUUUGCUCGUGUAUUUAGUGGCACUGUCAAAAUUGGACAGUCCCUGUAUGUUCUCAACCCAAAGCAUGACCCCCAAGAAGCAAUUAAAAAACUUAACGCAGGAGAGGAACUUGGCCCUCACAUCCACCCUGUGGAAGUCCGACAGCUUUACAUCCUAAUGGGCCGCGACUUAGAGGCUGUAGACUUUGUUCCUGCUGGAAAUGUCCUCGGCAUCGGAGGUUUAGAGGAGCAGGUGCUGAAGAGCGCCACUUUGGCCAGCACAGUUGCUUGCCCAGCGUUCACCGAGCUACAGCAGGCAGCAGAACCGAUUCUCCGAGUGGCUGUUGAACCUCGACAUCCGCAGCAAAUGCCUCAGCUGUUGCGAGGACUAAAACUCCUCAACCAGGCAGAUGCCUGUGUCCAGGUGCUAGUGCAAGAGUCAGGAGAGCAUGUGAUUGUCACUGUCGGAGAGGUUCAUCUUCAGAGGUGCAUCGAUGACCUCAAAACCAGAUAUGCUAAAAUCGAGAUGAAUGUGUCUGAACCUAUUGUCCAGUUUCGAGAGACGAUAAUUGACCCACCGAAAAUGGACAUGGUCAACGAAGCGAUUAUUGAUACAACCAAGAUUGGGGAAAAUGCAGUGGAGGUGUGGACAUCAAACAGACAAGCCUAUUUAAAAGUUUUGGCAGUAGCACUACCUUCCGAGGUGGCCACCUUGCUGGAAAACAACCGCCAGCAAUUACGCCAAGACCCCUCUAAGGUCAAAGACCAACUUAAAAAAGCUUUUGCAAGUGAAAACUGGCCUGAAGACACAGUCGACAGGAUUUGGACGUUUGGACCGCGCAGGUGUGGCCCGAACAUUCUGCUUAAUCGCAUCGAGGGCCAUCCUGGCAGCAUUUGGACGGAAGAAGGCCCAAAUGGAGGCAGCUUUGUGAAUGGGUUCCAGUUAGCUACAUUGGCUGGUCCACUGUGCGAGGAACCAAUGAUGGGCAUCUGCUUUGUUGUCCAGGAAUUCAUUGAAGAAGGUGAAGUUGUAACUGGGCAACUUAUGUCUGCUGUGAAGGAAGCCUGUCGCAAGGCCUUUCAAGCUCAACCUCAACGCCUGAUGCUGGCCAUGUACACUUGCAACAUUUUGGCCAAUGCAGACAUCCUUGGCAAAAUGUACGCAGUUCUGGGUCGGCGUCACGGUCGCGUCCUCCACGGUGACCAGCAAGAGGGCUGCGCCACCUUCAGCGUCACAGCUGUUCUGCCUGUCGUUGAGAGUUUUGCUUUCGCUGCUGAAAUUCGGAAACAAACAUCCGGACUGGCCAGCCCGCAACUCGUCUUCAGCCACUGGGAGGUUUUGGAUGUGGAUCCGUUUUGGGCUCCGAGCACAGACGAGGAAUAUCUGCAUUUUGGUGAAAAGGCUGAUUCUGGCAACCGAGCCAGGAUAUACAUGGACAGUGUCCGACGGCGAAAAGGCCUUUCAACGGAGCACAAGAUCGUCGAGUUUGCCGAAAAGCAGAGGACCCUCUCAAAAAAUAAGUGAAAGUUUUUUAUUUUACU